AUGGGGGUCGAUCAAGGAAGGGUAAUCGACACCGGACCGCCGACCUCAGCUGACAACUUCUCCUCCACGGUGCAGCUGACGACGAAGCCGACUGUGAAGAAACAGCAGGAUGCCUCAGACUACGACCCGUUCUCCGAGAGGCAUGUGGAGCACCCCAACUCGGACCUGGGUUCGCUGAUGCACCUGCUGAAAGGCAGCCUCGGUUCCGGGAUCCUGGCGAUGCCGAUGGCCUUCAAGAACGCGGGAACCGUCGUCGGCUUCGUUGGGACCGUCCUCAUCGGCACGCUCUGCGCGCACUGCGUCCACAUGCUGGUGCGGUCGUCCCACAUCGUGUGCCGGAGGGCCCGUGUCCCAAUGCUGGGGUUCGCGGAGACGGCGGAGUACGCCUUCCUGUAUGGGCCGAGCCGCCUCAAGGCAUGGGCCCGCUUCUCCAGGACGUUUGUCAACAUAGCGCUGCUGACCACCUACUACAGCACCUGCUGCGUCUACCUCAUCUUCGUCGCGUCGAGCAUCAAGCAGGUAUGCGACCAGUGGUUCCCGUGGGCACAGCUGGACAUCCGGAUCUACACGGUCCUGCUACUGCUGCCGUUGGUGCCCAGCUGCCUGCUGCGCAACCUCAAGUAUCUGGUGCCCUUCUCGGCGACUGCCAACGUUUGCAUCGUGGUGGGCUUCGCCUGCACGCUCUACUACAUGCUUCGUGACCUGAAUGACCCCGGCGAGUUGCCCCUCAGUGUGGACGUCGCACGCUUUCCGCUCUUCUUCAGCACUGUCGUCUUCGCCAUGGAGGGGAUAGGAGUGGUGAUGCCGGUGGAGAACGAGAUGAGGCUUCCGCAGCACUUCCUGGGAUUGGGAGGCGUUCUCAACAUCGCCAUGGCGGUCGUUGUCUCGCUGUACGCCCUCAUCGGCUUCUUCGGCUACGUCACAUACGGGGAGGGCACCGCGGGCAGCAUCACCCUCAACCUGCCCGUCGACGAACUGGCGCAAGCGGUGAAGAUCCUGAUAGGACUGGCGGUGCUGUUCACGUACCCGCUGCAGUACCACGUGGCCGUGGGAAUCGUGCUGCAGAUGGUGCGGGACCGCGUGCCGGAGAAGCGCCUCGACCUCCUGGAGUACGGCAUGCGGGUGGUCGGAGUGCUCGGCACAGUGGCGCUGGCGACGGCGGUCCCGAAGCUCGACCCUGUGGUGUCGCUGGUGGGUGCCGUGUGCUUCUCGACGCUGGGUCUGCUUUGUCCGGCCGCCAUCGAGAUGGCCACCUGCUGGCCCAGCCGCCGGAUUAUCGUUAAGGACUCGCUCAUCAUCGUGCUCGCACUCGCAGCUCUCGUCUCUGGGUCCUACACCAGCGUCCUGGGCAUCAUCGACGCCUACUCAGAGUAG